AUGUCUACAAAGAGAAGAGAUAAAAUGGAACAAGCUCAAACAUCCCACAAAAUUAUUGAAAAACGCCGACGAGAUAGGAUAAACAAUUGUCUUGCUGAAUUAAGUCAAGCAGUACCGCCAGCAUUUGCAAGUAAAACAUCAGGAAAAUUGGAAAAAGCUGAAAUAUUAGAAAUGACAGUUCACUACUUGCGAGUUCUACAUGCUUAUGGCAUUCGCUUAGAUAGUCCAGCUGAUCAACCCAUCAUGCUGCAUAAUUCGCCGGAAGUUCAGUACGAGAUGUUACAUCAACAUUACAGAAAUGGUUAUUCCGAUUGUAUACGUGAAAUAUUACAAUAUUUUAUCGAUGUUGAAGGGACAAGUCCUCAAGAUCAGCGAUGCAAUCAGAUAUUCAGCUAUCUUCAGGCUCGAAUCAAUAAAGGACUGCAUCAAUCGUAUGAUGAAUCAUCGGCAUCCUAUCAUCGCGGGCAAUCUAAUGUUAGCAAUGGCGGCAACGCUAGUAAUAAUGCUAACAGUAUUAGUAAUAGCAACCACAAUAACAAUCCCAAUGGGAAUUUAAAUGGUAAAGAUCGAAGAAAUAAACCGUCUACUCAAGCUUUUCUACGAUCACAUUUAAAUGCUAAUACUAAAAGUAAUCGAGAGACAAUGCAUUCUACUCCAUCACCAGCUGAUGUUAAUAAUGCUGGUUUACCUAAUUUGCCGUUACAGCUACAACAGGCGAGUGUCUAUCCGAAUGUUUAUCAAAAUCAUGGAGGCAUUCAGUACGGUAUGCAUAUGCCAACAAGUACAUCAACGGGCUUGCUGCAAAAUGCCUGCUGUCUACCAUCAUCGCACCCAUCUUCUAUUUCUAAAGCAGUUAAUGAUCAAAGCAAUUCUCUACUACACGGCUCAAUGUAA